GCGGCCCAUGCUGCAGCCAAUCAGGGUCCGCCUCAAAAUCCAGGGAGAUAAGCGAGCUGUGCAUGCGCCCUGGCUUCGAGCUCCUGACCUCGCGCCGCUCCCCACUUUCUAACCGACACUCGAUCUUGCACAGCCCUCAGCGUAUGUGAGGCCGUGGGAAGAGGAGCAGGGUCUGAGUCGGCUUGAGAAUACGCCAUUGCUCUCUCCCCUUUCCACCAUGGAUGCCACACUGUGGCCUUUCUUUCAGAUCCUCUGAGAUUGGUACCCAGGCCAGGCACAAUGGCCUUGUUCCGGACAAGACUGCCUAGUCCCUAUGGCUCUGAUCGGCUGGUACGGCUAGCAGCCAGGCUCCGGCCAGCACUAUGUGAUGCCCUGAUCACUGUGGGGAGCCAGGAAUUCCCUGCCCACAGCCUGGUGCUGGCAGGUGCGAGCCAGCAGCUGGGCCGCAGGGGCCGCUGGGCUCUGGUGAAAGGCAUCAGCCCUUCUACCUUUGCCCAGCUUCUGUAUUUUGUUUAUGGGGAGACUGUAGAGCUGCAGCCUGGGGAACUGGGGCCCCUUGAGGAAGCAGCCAGGGCCUUGGGGGUGCAGUCCCUGGAAGAUGCAUGCAGGAGGGCUCGGUGGGAUGGGGUUAGAGAGCUGGGUCCAGGGCUGAGGGAACAUCAGAAGGAGCCAGAGAAACCCACAAGGGAUUCUGAGAGAAGACUGGGGGGAUACGGAGAGCAGAGACCAGAAAAAUUUGUUAGGACUGGUGGAAGAGAAUGGGAGACACUGUAUGAGCAAAGGCCACCAAGAGAGAGCCCUGAGCCAGCAGAGCCAAUGAAGGAGGGUCAGGGGGAGCAGAUGAGAUCAAAGGAGACUCUCAAGCAAUCCCCUCUUGGCCAUGGGGGAAUAGAUGGAAAGCAAGAAGUGAUUAUGUGGGUGACGGAGAGUCCAGGGGGCUCUGAGGAAAGAUUGCGGGAGUUCCCUGGCCCCCUUCCCCCACCAGGUUCCCUCCAAACCAGCAUCAUCUCUAGGCCCUGGUGGGCUGAGACCCCUUGGUUUGGGGAGGGCCAGCCUGCCCUGUGGAGCAUCCUGCUGUUGCCACCCAGAUAUGGCACUCCCUUCUCCUAUAGCACCCCCAUCAAUGGAGCCUGGCAGGAGGUCUGGCCUCAGGACCAGAGGAUCCCACUGUCACUGAACCCUGAGAAAGGUCUCUGGAACCAGAACUGGUUGGCCUCCUCCAGUCCUGCCCCAGGUUCCCUCCCCCAGGGCUCCAAAAAGCUCAGCCCUAGGGAGAUGGAAGAAUCUAAUCAGAGGCACACAGGUGCACUUGCAACGUGUGUGGGUCAGGUGAGCACAGCAGGCCCACCUCGCCAACAGCCUCCUCCACCCCCUCCUGCGCGGUCUCGGCCCUAUUCUUGUUCUGUCUGUGGAAAGAGGUUCUCUCUCAAGCAUCAGAUGGAGACACACUACCGAGUCCACACAGGAGAGAAGCCCUUCUCCUGUAGCCUAUGUCCCCAGCGCUCCCGGGACUUCUCAGCCAUGACCAAACACCUGCGGACGCAUGGGGUCGCACCCUACCGCUGCCCUCUGUGCGGGGCCGGCUGCUCCAGCCUAGCCUCCAUGCAGGCGCACAUGCGCGGCCACUCGUCCAGCCAGCUCCCACCUGGAUGGACCAUUCGCUCCACAUUCCUCUACUCCUCCUCUUCGAGGCCAUCCCGGGCCUCGACUUCUCCCUGUAGAUCCCCUUCCUCCACCUCCUGACAGUGUCGGUACCUUCUUCGGCUUCACCCAACAAUACAAUAGAAGAAUGAAAGACGGGUCGCUGGGCUGGCUACGCUUUUGACCCAGCAUCGCAGGGACGGCAGCAUAGCAUAUCUGGCUCCAAGAAGCACCGCAGCAAGGGCGCCGAGAGCCUUCUCCCAGAUGACCGCGGGCCCUAGAAGCCUGGGCAAGCGAGUCCGUGUGGGGUGUGGGCAGUGAAGUUUGCACGAAUGAAAAUUAACUGUGCGAGGACUGGCGAUUUCAUCACCAAAAUAAAGUUUCCUGUGCCCUCCUCUCAGAACAA